AUGACUGAAGUGAGGAGACUAGAGGAACAUGCAGGACCAGAGAAGAAGAACCUGAACAAGUGGGAAGAGGGUAGGACACAAAGAGACUGUGGAGAGCAGGAAAACUCAGAAGAGAAAGAAGAACAAAGAGACACGAGCCUGUUCUUAGUGGGUCCAGCCAGCACAGGGAAAGCCUCUUCAGGUCUGCAGGGCAUUGUUGCCAUGAGUCAUGCUGGUGAAAAUAGUCCCACUGCAUCAGAGCCCCCUUCUUCCCCCGCCUGUUCUCCCUCUUUUCUUCCCUCCCAGAGGUCACCUUCAGCAGGGAGGCAGUGUGCCCCCAGGACCAGAGACAUGGGGAAGGGGCGGAGCGUCACGCUUAGCCCCGUAAUGCCUGGCAGCCCCUCCGGCUGCUCGGCGCAGGCUGAACCCAGCCCAGAGGCUGCAGCGGGGGAAGCGAGGCAGUCCACGGCCGGCCGUCAGUGCUGCGCUGCUGUCCUGACGUGGGCUGUGGUGUUUCUGCAGCAUUCAGCAAUGGCCGAGAGCUCAGCUGCGGCUGCGGCACCGUCAGGGACAGCGGCACCAACCGUGCUAGAUGAGCUCCUGCAGAUCACAGCUCAAAGCCUGGUGCGCACCGAGGUGGCCGAGCACUAUGAGGUUAUUCGGGAGCUGGGCAGGGGCAAGUAUGGCCAUGUGAUGCUAGUGACCCACAGGCAGAGAGGGACUCCUAUGGCUCUCAAGCUGCUACCCAAAGCCAGUACCAAGCUGCACACCUUCCUGUAUGAGUAUUGCGUGGCGCUCUCCCUCGCCACCCACCCUGCCAUCAUCGGCAUGUUUGGAAUUGCCAUCGAGUCCAGCCAGUACUAUGGCUUCCUCUACGAACCAGCACUGCACAAAGAUCUCAUCUCUAUCAUCAAACCCCGGGACGGGAUCCCCGAGCCAGCCGCUAAGCAGUGUGCCAAGCAGCUCGUCAGCGCGCUGGAGUUCAUCCACAGCCGGGGGCUCGUGUACCGUGACGUCAAGCCUGAGAAUGUGCUGCUUUUCGAUCCCGAGUGUCGGCGCAUCAAGCUGACUGACUUCGGGCUUACGCGGCCCAAGGGUACCAAGCUCAAGCUGGUGGCCGGGGUAAUCCCCUACACCGCCCCCGAGCUGAGCAACACCGCUGAUACCCAGGGGGUGCCCAUUGACACCAGCUUGGACGCCUGGGCCUUCGGCGUGCUGCUGUUCUGCCUGCUGACUGGCUACUUCCCCUGGGAGCAGAGCCUGCCAGAUGACCCUUUCUUUGAGGACUUCAUGCUGUGGCAGGAGACAGGCCUGGAGGAGGACCUGCCCCACCACUGGAAACGCCUGACGGCCGAGGCUGCCCUCAUGCUGCGGAGCCUCCUGGCCCUAGAUCCUGCCAAGCGCGGCCCUGUCAGCGGGGCCCUGCGCUACGUUGAUUGCCCUUGGCGGCUGGAGGACGGGCGCAGUGAGGAGGCUGCCAUGAAGCCCUAG